CCGUUGUGUAGCCGUGAAAAUGGCGUUGGAGCCGAAUAAGACAGAUAUCCUGACCAUUUUUAAACGAUUGAGAUCUAUUCCAACAAACAAGGCCUGCUUUGACUGUGCUGCUAAGAACCCCAGCUGGGCCAGUAUACCUUAUGGAGUGUUCCUGUGUAUUGACUGCUCUGGGAUCCACCGCUCUCUGGGAGUGCACCUUAGUUUCAUUAGAUCGACAGAACUUGAUUCCAACUGGAGCUGGUUCCAGCUGAGAUGUAUGCAAGUUGGCGGCAAUGCCAAUGCGACUGCAUUUUUCCGCCAGCAUGGCCGUACGACCAGUGACACCAAUGCCAAGUACAACAGCCGAGCUGCACAGAUGUAUCGUGAGAAGAUUCAGCAGCUAGCAAAUGCCACGCUGUCAAAGUAUGGUACCAAUCUUUGGAUUGAGGCAUCAGGAAAUACACAACCAGCCACUCCUGAAAAGAAAGAAGCAGACUUCUUUGCUGAGCAUACUGAGCCCAUGAGCAGCUGGGACAUGACCACUCCCACCCUGUCAAAACAGAAUGGAGCAAUCACCUUGCAGUUUGAGGAGGAGUCUCCCAGAGUGUCUGACAAUGUUAGCCCACAAGAUGGACCAAGCAUUGAGGGACUGAGCAUAUCCCCCAAAGCUGCUAUUGAAGACUCAAUGCGUUCGUCAUCUGAUGAACUGCACCCUUCUAAAGAUGUGAAGCCCUCUAUCAUUGGGAAGAAGAAACCCACAGCUGCCAAGAAAGGGCUUGGUGCUAAGAAAGGCCUGGGAGCCCAGAGGGUUAGCAGCAGCAGCUUCAGUGAGGUGGAGAAGCAGGCCCAGGUGGCUGAGAAACUGAGGGAAGAGCAGGCUGCUGAGGUCAAGAAGCAGGAGGAAGAGUCCAUUGUGGUCUCCAUGCGCUUAGCCUACAAGGAGCUAGAGCUGGACAGGAAGAAGGAGGACAAAAAGAUUCAGAACCUUGAGGGGAAGAAGAAGGAACAGGCUGAGAGGUUGGGAAUGGGCUUGGGAAACAGAAGUGCGGUGUCCCACUCGGUGAUGUCCCAGAUGCAUGUGAUUGAGCAAGAGAACCCUAUUGUAGCCAGGGUGCCUCCCUGCACCACGCUGGACUUGUUCGAUGAGCCUGGAUUCACAUCCGGGCCCCCAAAGUAUAAGGACAACCCCUUCAUGUCAAGUAAUGGCUUUGGCUCCCAUUGGGACUCAGACAGCAACUCCUCCUUCUCCUCCUGGGCCCUGGAGAAGGAGGAGCCUAAGGCUAGCGAGGAUACCAUCUCCAGCAUCCAGCCCAUAGGGAAGAGGUUACCCAGUCGAAGGAAACUGGAUCAAGUGUCAAAUGAGGCUCAGCAGAAGUUUGCUAACGCCAAGGCCAUUUCGUCCGACAUGUUCUUUGGGGGAGAGAGCAAUGCUGAGCAUGAAGUCAAGACCCGCCUUGAGACCCUGUCGGGCAGUACGUCCAUCAGUUCAGCUGACCUCUUUGGUGAUGGCAGUGAUCACGCCACAGGGGCAUCCAGCUUUGACAGUAUGCUACCCUCAGCCCCAGACAUGGCCCAAUUCAAACACGGGGUGAAGACAGUAGCAGGGAAAAUGGCAGUGCUGGCUAACGGGGUGAUGAACACAAUACAGGAUCGAUAUGGUGCAUACUGAAAAUGGAAGAAUACAAGUACUGUAAAACACCAAGCAAAAAAGCAAACCUGAAGCAAA